AUGGGUCUUAGCUGCUCAGAUGAACGUUGUAAUACUGAAAAAGCAUCCAAAGAACGACGUGUAAAAGAACACGAGGGCUUCGCGUUUGUGGUGCUUCCGCGGCCCCAAGGCAGGAGGAACCGAGACCCGGACCCAGACCCGGACCCGGAUUCGAACCCUGGUCCUCGGGCUCUGUGUCGUCACUCCGAGGCGCGCGCACCCGCCCCGCCUUCCCCGGGACACGCCAGGGCCGCCGAGGCGCGUGCGCGCUGGGACCGGGUGCGCGCAAUCCUCGCAGCGGUCACGGUGACCGGCGCCCUCCUUGCCCGCGCCCCGCCGCCGAUUCCCCCUUCCUCCGCUUCCUCCUCCUUCGCCUCCUCCUCCUCGCCGCCGCAGCUGGCGCUGCUCGUGAUGCAGCCGGGCGGCGGGGAGGAGGCGGCGGCCGGGGGAGGGAUGCUGCCGGUGCUGCCGCUCCCAGUCGCCGACCCGCCGCUGGCGCCCCCCGGUAGCGGCGGCCUCAUGUUAUUCUGCGAGCUGGGGGGUCCCGGAGACGGUGAGACAGAGGCGGGGGAAGAGGCCGAGGCGGCGGGCGGUGAGAGCACAGCCAGUCCGGAGGAGCUGGAGGAGGAGGAGGCGGCGGCGGCGGCGACUGCGGUGACCGUGGCGGCUUCGAGCGGCGAAGGGGCGGUGGUCGGAGUCUGCAAGAGCUGCAACUACCAGGGCUGCAGCGAGACCACCACGCAGGUGGUGAAGCAGCGCAAGCCCUGGAUGUGCAAACGGCACCGCAACAAGAUCUACAAGGACAAGUACAAGCGCAAGAAGAGCGACCAGGCCCUGGGGGGCGGCGCAGCGGCCGCGGCGGGGGGCGGCCCGAGGGCCGAGGAUAGUGUUGAAGGUUCAGUUUCUGUUACAAAACAGAGGACAGGAGCUGUUGGAGAUCGCCCAGCAAGGCCUACUCUUCUAGAACAAGUAUUGAAUAAAAAGAGGCUGUCCCUACUGAGAAGUCCAGAAGUAGUUCAGUUUCUACAGAAACAGCAGCGACUGUUAAGUCAGCAGGCUUUGGAACAAAGGCAGCAACAGUUUCAAGGAGCACCUGGAUAAUCAGAACAGAUUGGUAACCUGCUGAUGAACCUGGUGCUGAAGGAGGAAUAGGACGUGUGUUUUAUAUAAAUACGAAGAAUCUCAAUGUUUAAAAGAAAAGGAAAGUUGCUGCUUUUACAUAUUUCUUGUUUGCACUUUUGAGAUUUUGAGCUGCUUGGGUGUCUGCAAACAUGUAAGCAAAUCUGGAGGACUAUUUUUUGAGUCUUUUUAAAAUUUCAUUUUACUGUUUACUUUUUUACUAAGUAAGUUUCUAAUAAUGAUUAGCUAUCCACCCCUUUCCUACCAAAGUCUUCCACCAAAUUAACAUUUUUUCUAUAUAAGCAUUUACUGUUAAGCAAGUCACUCUUUGAUGACAAUCAUUGAAGAAAGUCAGUUACUUUCUAUGGAAGUUGUAAAAUAAAAAUCUUGAAUUUGAGCCCGUACAGUGGUGUGACCCAACAGCAAUUGCUCAGGGAUAUGAGAAACUGAUGCCCCAUAGAAUCUUGAACUAAAGGCAAAGACAGCAUGCCAUGAACUAGUAGAUCCAGUGGCUUGGAAAAGUGCAAAUUGUGUGAUCCUCCUGUCAUCUAUUCAUUAGCUGCCAGUUGAGUAGGUUUGAAAUGCUUCAUUGUCUGUCCAAAGCUUGUAAAAGAUUGUGUUUAAAGUUCCAAAAGAGGCAAAUAGCAAAUGCUGUAGAGAAGAACUAGGUGGAACGUGGGCAACUGAGAGUUCAGCCUUGUUCUGUGGAGUUGUAAGGACCAAGCUCUUACAAAUGAUACAGAAGUACAGAUGAGAGUAUCACUUAUUUUCAAGUGACUAAAUUACAUCUUAAAGCUUUUCACUCAAAAUAGCAAUUGCAUCCAAAAACUAAUGUGUAAUUGUGCGUUUUUUCCUUUAUGUAGUAUUUAAAAAAAAAAAAAAGUUCAAAUUCUUCUAUUAAGACAACUGAUAGCUAAUCAGCUGUAGUGCUGGAUUUCUCAGGUUUUCAGCCAAUCCAGAUGAACUUGGAAUUGACUGGGAAAAGAAUCCAAACCCUGUAUUAUGUUAGUGUUGAAUCCCACUGUUUGCUUUUAAAACAAAAGUUUGUAUUAAACCUCCUUUCAGAACAGAGGUUACCUGAAUGGUGUAGAUGCUUAUUGAAGUAUUACUAUGAUAUUGCAGCAGUUUGAUCCCCUGAAUAAUCUCUUCAGGAGUAUUUGUUAAGUCUUAUGAAUUUUUGCAAGCUGUGCUUCGUUUGUGUAUUGAACUUGUUCAGUAGGGAUUUGUUGUAUUUAGUGUUGUGCAAGUUGUUCUUUAAAAGGGAAUUGAAAAACUUUAGAUCAACAGUUCUGGACCAAUAAGUGUUGAAGUAAAAUCUUUGCUUUUCUUUAAGAAACAAAACAAAAGCCUGUUCUUUUUUAUUCUGUUAAAUUGGGGGCGUGUUGUGUUUUUGUUUCUCCUCUCCUGAAUUGGCUAGCUCUUAACUAGGUGGCAUUCAAACUUUGUUCCAAGGCUCUUAUUUAUUUUAGGUUGAGGUAAAAUCAGAUUACUCUUUUCAGGGUCUCAGAAUAUAUGUCAAAACAUCACGGGCUGAAAUUGUACAAUUAAAGCAUUUGCAUUUAUUUUAGAUGGUCAGCUGAUUAAAAACAUUUGGAUGAACAGAUCUGAUUAACUUUUUUUAAAAAAACCAAACUAACCCACACAGUUGAAAAGGGUCACAGGGAGUGUUUAAGACAGUGCUGCAAGAGUUGGUUACCUCAAAACAAAUGGAACUUGCUGGAGAUGUGCAGAGAUGUCCAGCAGCUCAGCCAUCCUGUGUUCCAGUGGUCUGACAGGUUGGUGCUAAGAGGGAGGGCUCCUCUGUUUGGGCAGUGUCAGAUGAGAUUCCCAUGCUGUGUGUGAACCCAGCAGGGUCUGGGUGGCUUCAAGAUUGUUAACCUGUUCUACUGUCUUGCUUCUGUUACUGCAGAACAGAAUCUGAAUUUCAGGAAGAUUAAAACCUGACUUCUCUAGCAGUA